GCUAAUGAAGAGCACAGUGCGUAGUUAGCAACUCCUACAACGCGGGAAUUUCAGAAUGUGCAAAAUCAGCAGCUGAUUACUCAGGGCUGUGAAGAGUAUCCAGAAUUAUCAUAAAUUAGCUAUGGAUGAUGAUUGGAAUAUCAGUCAGAAUCAAACUCAGCCAGGAACAUCAAAAUUCAUUGUCCUUGAUUCUCAGGAACAGGUAGAUGAACCACAGGAGGAUUGGCCUGCAUUGCAACUUCCAAUGGCUGACUCUGAGGCCAUUAAUAAUCAACAACCAAGCAAGACCAGGCGCUUAAGUCUGAUUGAGGACUUGUCUGAAGACGAAAGAAAAUUAGAAAAUGCAGAGGUGUUAGUACCUGAUAGUGAGAUUGAGGGGACAAACUUCUUACACAAACAGAGACUGUCAAACAAAGGGUACAGACUACCAAGUGAUGCAGAUGAAGUUAUCAGCGAGUCGGAGGACCAGGUGAACGACACUGUAGUAGAAAGACCCUGCAUAGGUGAUGCUAAAUCAACGACUGACGAUGAAGAAAAUCCAGCUGAUGCCCCCGGUACCAAACCAAUACACAGUAGUAAUGGAAGUGGCUCCAGUUUCCACUCCAACAGCAGACAAGGACUUGGCAGUUACCAACAGGCAGAGAUAUCUUACACAGGACAAGAGCCAAGUGUCCGAGGUCACCGGUUCAAGAUGUUCCAGGAAACUCUGUCACAGGACAUAUUCCAGGAAGACCAAGAUGACAAUAGAGAAUCUUCAACUCCGUCCGAGUUCAUCGGAAGUCUUCAGCUGUCUAACCAGUCCAUGUUAGUUCCCGAGACGGUUGAUGAAGAUGAGAACGAAAUUCCGCCAUCUCCAACAGCAUAUGGAAAUAUUCCCAUGAUUAUUCCCUCAUCACCAACAGGCGAAAAAACUACAGAUUCUGAUUUAGAUGAUUUUAAUCCUGCAGCCGACAGUACCCUCGCUGAUAAUCCACCUGCCCGACAUGCUCAGAGUUCAGAGGAAAGUGGCAUUGACCAAGACAGUAGUGGAAAGUCAGAUGAACAAAACGUCACAGUAAAAAAGGUUUCACAGGGAUCUGCAAACGAGGGUGACAAUGAUGUACCUGAUAAGAUAAAGACCUUGGUAACGGACGAUGUGGAAACCUGCGGCGAGUCACUACGUCUUCAUUACAGUGCUACAGAGUCCCACUCUAACCAGCAGGUCAGGACUAGAGAGGAGUCGGUAGAGGUAGUGGAGGUAGAAGAGAAGAAGGAAGAUAGUGUCAUUAUCAUCAGUUUUGAUGAGGGAACUGAACAGGGCGACGACCAGGAAACACAGAGAAGUCAAGCUGAAGGAUCAGAUGGUAUCCAGUCGCAAGAUCUGGUGCUUCAUCUAACACCUUCGCAGUACUCCAAAAGUCAGGCCUCACUGAGGGGAAGUAACUCUUCACAAAGACAAAGGAGUCACUCACCAGAUCUGAAUCCUGAACAUCAGGAAAGUUAUGAUAUUGGAGACAACACAGAGAAAGACAAGGCAAACAUAUCAAAUUCAGAUUCUGCUGGUUUUCAUCUGUCACUGCCUAAGGCAGGCACACUGCUUCAUCCUGUAGAACUUACUCCUCCUACUGGACAGAAUCAGCCAGCCUCCCAAAAUGAGUCGUCGCAUAACCCCACCCCACCACCUGGUCCUUCCAAUCAGGAUACAACUGAUGAAGCCAGACCUAAUCCUGCACGGACUCCAUCACUUAUCAUUGACAUGAUCGAUACACAAACAUCUAUGUCAGAACCAGGCUUCACAUUACAGAGACCAGAGAUGAGAGCGGUCCCAUCAGAACAGACAGAAGACAGCAGAUUUGAAGUGUUUCGCCAAAAAAAGGGAACUGGCAAGUUAACAAGGUCACCUUCAAAACGCCAGAUCAUCAACGAUGGAAGUGAUGAUGAGUGCAUGCCUGUUGAAAGUGGGAAAAAAAGAAUCCGGGAAGAGACACUUUCACCAAGAGCUGAGAGUCAAAAGCUGCCGAAGCUGAAGAAAACACGGACACUGUCGAGUGAAGCAACUUCAACAGGCUACCAGGCCAGUAUAGAAGGAUCAGAGGUCAUGGAUACGACCAGUCCUACGGAACACAUGGAAAUACAAGAAGAUCCGGAGGAUGUUAUGAUGCUGGAAACUGAGAGUUACGAUGCCGUCCAGAUAAUUCAGACAAUGGAUGUUGAUGAUGUCAAUGGAAAAAGCCAUACACAGAUUAAAACUUGUGGUGUUGAUGCAUCAGACUCCAUUGGAGACAGGCAGCCAUUCCAAGUAGUGUCUAGAAAUACUUGUGGACAGUUAACAGAGGAAAAUAAAAUCACUUCACCAAGACCUUCCAAUGUUGACUUGUCCAUUGCAAGUGAAGAUAUAUCACACUUGGAGUUAGUGAAGGAAACUAUUAAACAUGGACACAGACGAGGAAAGUCGAAAGGGAAAAAAGGCUCCAAGGGGAUCCUAAAUAACCGGACGGAGCACGACAGGGAGUUAACUGGAAUCUCAGACAAACGAAAGGAGUCAAGGACACAAGACCCUUAUGCAUUCCACGGGUCUCAGUCGCAGACGAUUUCCCCAAAGAAGGCAGAUACUGUCCAGUUAGUACCCGAGACAAUAGUCCAGGAACAGACAGAAACCUUAGAACAGCAGCCUGCUCCUGGUACAUCAAAGGUCGAGACCACCCCAACAUCAACACGGAAAAAAUGGAGCCGAGCCAUUCAUAAAAAAUCUGGAGUCAAGAGAGGUGGUCCUUCACAACAUGUGUCUUUUCAUAAUUCAGUGAAAAAUAAAUCAACACCUCCAAAAUUGGAAACUCCAAGACGAACGCCGAAACUGUCUCGUAAAACAGGUGUUUCAGGGUCAGCAGACCAAACAAAAUCACCAGUAGCUGGUCAGCUGGCUGUGAGAUCUCCAGCGAUCAAUCCUUCAACUGUAACUGUGAUCACUCCUACAACAUCUGUAAUACCGUCCACGUCUGAUCAGUCGACCCCAAUGGCUCCUCCAUCUGUAACGCCUGUGAGAGCGACCCCCAUUUGUCAGGACUUAGUUGUUGGUCCACUGUCAAUGACAACGUCCGACCACACAGUGCCAACACAACAGGAGACAAUGGUCACCAAAACUGUAUACAGGAUGUGGCUGUCAGAAUGUAAGGAGAUCACACAGACCGUCCGGGGAACAGAUGGUCGGGUCCUUCGGACAACUUUUAGGAAGGAAGAAGAUCCACCAAAACUGUUAAAAGAAGUGACGACUGAGACCUCUGAACUCCUGUCAGUGUCUGACCUGUCUCCAUCACCGUCACGGAGCACCAGCACGAUGACCUCUGGCGACCUUGCUGACGUAAGUUCCUCAAUGUCCCGUUCAAGUAGCGGGAGUCGUGGGUCACGGCAGAACCUUGCCAGUCUGGAGGGGAUGAGUAUGCCCCAGGCUGCCACAGAUAAAACAGCAGCUGAGAUGGAUACGUACUUCACUCCACCUGAGCCAGUUACAGCACCAGUCGGACGAACAAGUGCUGCGGAGAAGUCAAAACAGGAUGAAACAACGAGGAGAACCUCUACUCAGCCCUCUGAUUUUGAAAUUUCUCCUCAUGUUGGUGAUAUGUCCACCAUUAACAAAACUGGCAGUGAUGUCAUGGAAACAUCACAUUUGACUGAAGAAAAAAGGAAUUCUGAAUCACUCUUUACAAGUUCAACUGAAGAUUGUGAGAAACUUGUUGAAGAAAAAGACAAGAAAGAGGUAAAAGAAAAAGUCCCAGAAAAGGUCAAGAACUUGGGCAAUAUUAGUGAAUCUUCAGAUGGAAUUCCCUGUGGGCAGACGACAAUCCAGGUUACUGGGCCAUCCUCAGACGGUGUAGGGCUUGAGGGGAAGGAUGACGUCAAGGAAACCGCAACUGCUAGUACCAAAAGUAAUAAUCCUCAGUCAUCAAAGAGGAGGAAACGAUCCGACACCAGCGGCAGUAGAAGCUCAGAGUUGAGCCCCCAGAUAUCAUACCAGGACCCUACCCUAGUCAGACCUGAACCUACCAUACUCUGUACUCCUCCCUCGAGGGGGAGCGCCAUCAAAAGCGAAACUGCUCUAGGUGCAAGAGUUUUAGCCAGAUGGAAAGAUGGCUUUUACUACCCAGGAUCCAUAUCACAGAUACUCAAAUCCAAGUACCAAGUGAGAUUUGAUGAUGGUGAUGUAAGGUUUGUCAAGGUAAAUGACCUCCUGCUGAUUGAACGCUUACCUGUCGGACAAUCUGUCUUGGUCCAGAAUGAGGGUGGAUUCUUUGAGCCAGGAAUCAUCACUGACCACAAAUCUCCAUCAAAAGCCAGUGGUCAGCUGUGUCAGUAUGUUGUUGAACAGGACGACGGAACGAGUGCACAAUUCCGGUGUAGUCAGGUUAUACUGAGUGACGACCAGGCCCAAUGUCUUGUCAUCGACAUCGGCUCUAACAUCCACAAGUCACCGGUGGGUCCACCUCCCACAACACCGAAGACAGCCGACAUCAGUCUAGAUAACCUGAUGGACAAUAAGAGAAGGGUGACUAGUAGAUAUGAAAAACAGGAUAACCUAGAUCCUCGACCAUCAACCUCAAAAUCCACCAUGGACGCUCCGACAGCAUCUAAACCUCAAUCGUCUUCUGUCAAGCGGAAACGUGGUUGCACAGUCAAUCCAGUGGCAACUAGUACUCCGACCCCCGCUAAGGUCGCUUCGAGCAGGCUGCGGACCGCAGUUGUAGGUUUGGAUGCCAGCCCUGUAGGUACUGCAGUGAGCUCUCCCGUGACACCUAGACGAUCACCUCGCAAAGCCAGAAUUGGUUUGUUCCAUGGUGACAGGGAAGCCAGGCCGCGGCGGAAGACAACAUUGUUCAGGGGUAUGGUGUUUUUAUUGACCCAUGUUGACAGGACCAUGGAACAGAUUAAAGAUGACAAGUUGAUAUUAGAGGAUUCAUCACUCGAUGUUUCUACCGAUGAGAGUAGUUCACAUGAUGAACCUACAAUACCAUUUGACAAAAACCAGCUGAAGACUCAGAUAGAAGAUGGGGGUGGCAUAGUAUUGGAUAAGUACAAUGAAUCUGAGGUGUCAUCUGCUCGUCAGUGUAUACUACUGUCAGAUACCUACCAGAGAACUGUGAAGUACUUCCAGUUUUUGGCAGCAGGACUUCUCUGUCUAUCCCAUGUGUGGGUCUAUGAUUGUUACUCAGAGGACCGACUCCUGGAUCACAAGGCCUACAUGCUACCAUCGGGUAUCAGCCUGGAGAAGAGGCGACUAAUGGAAUGGAAACCAACGUGUAAUCUGCUAGUCAACGUUACAGUCAUGGUGGAAUCCCAGAGUGCCCGGUUCAGGGAGGAAUGGUCAACCAUUAUCCAAAUAGCUGGAGGAGUGGUGGAAACCAAGAUACAGACUCGUGAUCACCGAGUUAACGUAAUUCUGACAGACAAUACAUGCUCUAACACUGUCCUCCGUCGCGCCAAACAGCUCAGUGUGCCGGUGGUAUCAACGGAAUGGAUGAUACAGUCUCUCAUUAACAGCCAGCUCAUGGCGUACGACGGUCACCCCAGAUACAGACAUGACUAUAAUCACAAAUAGAAAUAGGACAAACUCGAAUUUUAUUUUUCAAUGGGUGUUCUAUUAUAAACACAUAUUACCAUCAGUGAACUCACUUCCGUGUAGUGUAUUUUUUAUGCAUUCUGAAAUGCCUUAAUUAGGACCUAGUUGUAGAACACGUAUUCUGUACAUAUAUUUCAUUUCUAUCAGCAAAGUUUCUACUGCAUCUUGAUAUUCCCUUAAAGAAUUAUGUCUAAUACAACAAGCAAAUGUGCAAUAUGUCUGUUAUAGUUUUGACAGGCUGAUCUACAGUACAUGUACCACUGUGUUACUCAGACUGAUAGUUAUUGACCAGUUCAUACUUAUUUUAGAUUACUCAGACUGGUAGUUGUUGACACUGACCACUUAUCAUAAAAUUCCGACUAAAACCUCUCAUACAUUUGAUUUUAAAAGUAAAUGAGCAUGUGAGCUGCUGCCUUGGUUUUAGAUUGAAUAUUUACGUCUAUUUUAUUUAGUCUUAACACUAAUUUUAUCAGCGACUGGUAGAGUGAGCCUUAACGCCAAUUUUUCAGCGACAUUUAGCCUUAAACACAAAUUUUAUCAUCGACUGGUAGAGUGAGGAUACUGAUUUUACAACUUAAGAUGCAAGUGUAUUAGUUUUAUCUAUGAUGAUAUAUUUUUUAAUACGAGUUCCAGCUGUGUAUUUAUAAUUGAAUUCUUACCUGCAGAAUACUUUCACAGAAUUUUCGUACAUAUCAUUAUGAUCAUAAAAUCUGUGUCGAUUCUCAUCUGUCCUACAGUGUACGUAGGUGGCUACAAACACAGAAAUACUUAUGAUGUGACAGAAUGUUAUUGUAUAUAUACUUUAGCUUUUAUGAUUAUAAUCCUACGAAAUGACAACUCUGAAGAAAAAAAUGAGCAGAUUUCUUGCAUGAUUAUGGUAUGAAAAAUUCAUUGUUAUAUGAAGUUAAAUUCCUUUUGUGAUAAUGCUGAGAUUUUAGAUACAUGAUGUGUAUUAUGUAUCAGUGCUAGCUGGACAUUCAUGCUGUAUAUAUAUUUGAUUUGAAUUUUUUUUUCAUAUUGACUUUGUAUAGUGAUGUUUUAAAUACCUUUUCAUUCGUGCAGGACUUAGUUAUUUCUGCAAUAGAAUCUGUAGUAGUUCCAAUUUAGCUGACUAUAAGCAUUUGGUUUUAAUCAGAUGUUUUAUUGUUAAAAUUCUUAAAUUUACUUCUAAAAGUAUUUUUCACUUCAAACAUAAUUUACAUUAAACUUUUCCUUUUUUUCAUUUUAAAUUGUUUUUGUAAAAGUGUAAAAAUGUUUCCGUUUGUAUAUUUGGUAUAUACUGGUAACAGAAAACAUUUUUGUGAUAUACACGUAUAAAUAUAUAGAUAAAACUUUAAAAUGGCCUGAAUAUCCUCAUUAUUCCUUAUAAAUUGAAAGAUAUUUUUAAUGAUUUUGUCUUUCUGAUGAUUUUGUCUUUGAUAUGAAUUACAAAAAAAAAAAAAAAAAAAAUCCAGAAUGAACUGGGUUUUCCUGUCCAGUACAUUGUAUUUAAAGCUCUGACCACAAAGUGCUUUUCAUUCAUUGCCUGUGUGAGCCAUAUGACUAAUUCCUAUCAUGUUUAUCAAAAUUACACAUGGAUUUAUCAUGAAAUUUUAAAGAAAUAUAUUAAAUAAAAGUAAUUAAAUUCUUAGCUCACUGGCAAUGAGGAACAUGUGGUAAUGCCAUUUCAUCAUACUACAAUAAGCCAAUUACAUGUAUGUAAAUCUGAUCAGAUAUACCAGUAAAGCAAUAAUCUCUAUCAUGAGAAGGUAUCCGGUAUGAAUAGAUAUUGUGAACCAUAGAUACAAUUAGUGCUAUUCCAGUACAAUAUUUACCCAAUGGGAGAACUCUAGGUUCGUCAAACAGGUACCAGACAUAGAAAUGAUUUAGUUCAAACAGUAUCAUAAUAACAGGCUUCAUUUCCUCCAGCACCCACCAUAUAUAGAGUCUCUUUAUGUAUGGAGUCCUCCCGUAGGAUAUAUAUAUUUCACUGGAAAGCCCUUUAAUACUAGAAACUCACUAUAAUGUUCCAGUCAUAUUUUACUAAUUAUAUAAUGUAACAAUGAUUGUGUGAUUUACUUUAGAUGUGGAUUUAAUGAAAGGGAGUGUGUAUGUAUGAACAUUUGUUAAAAGUUGUGCCAAAGUUGAAUGAUUAAAAAAAAUUGUUACAUUGUG